UUUAUGCUCAUUCAUAAUCGUGCUUUAGUUGAUGCUGUUACCACACUGACAUCAGUUUGACAAAUACCUAAAUACUCCUAGACAAGAGGACGAAUAAUUUGCACCCAGAACAUGGGCGACAUUGUCACAAGUCUUUUCAUUCUUUAAAACAAACUACUGAUCGUAUGAAAGCAUAAAGUCAAAUUUCAUCAAGAAAAUGUGUCAUUAAAAACCGAAUCAAACGCUAUGCUCUUAUUUUGAAGGGUCCACUUCCUGGUGCGUCCUCGCCAUGUUUUUCUAACUUUCCGCAGUAAAACAACCCGCAGAGACACACAAGCUGCAGCGGCGCCUAAUGCCAUGAUUUGCGCUUUGUGACUUAAAUCCCUCAUACUGUUGACCUGUGUGCAUCUUCCGUAGACGGACAUUUGCACACAAAGCCUCCGCACCCAGAGGUGUUUGUUGUGUUUAGCCUGCUAGCCGGCUAACACCAGCAGAAACCCGGACCCGGGCUGAGUCUGAAACAAACCUGGACGCGAUGUCGUUGGUGGACCUGGGGAAGCGGCUGCUGGAGGCAGCCCGUAAAGGUCAGGACGAUGAGGUCAGAAACCUGAUGGCCAACGGAGCUCCAUUCACUACAGACUGGUUGGGGACAUCCCCCCUCCAUUUGGCAGCUCAACACGGUCAUUACUCCACGGCAGACGUCCUGUUGAGGGCUGGAGUUAGCAGAGAUGCUCGCACCAAAGUGGAUAGAACGCCUCUACACAUGGCCGCUGCCGAGGGACACACAGUCAUCGUGGAACUGCUCGUCCGGAGCGGCGCAGACAUUAAUGCCAAAGACAUGUUGAAGAUGACAGCUCUUCACUGGGCAGCUCAACACGGACACCAUGGAGUCGCAGAGACGCUCAUCAAACACGGGGCUGACGUGCACGCACUCAGUAAGUUUGACAAGACGCCAUUCGACAUCGCGGUGGACAUCCAGAACACAGAGCUCAUGCUACUGCUGCAGGAGGGCAUGCAGAACCAGGUGAACAUGAAUCAAGUGAGUAUGAACGUGGAGACCAACACCACCAGCAAUCAACCGCAGUUCAUUAUCCAGGGAAUACCUGCAAUCCAAGGGGGUGUGGUCAACCUGGCCGAUCUACUCAACAAGGCCAACGCAGGUGAGUCGGAAGAGGCCAUGGCUGCCAGCGCCCUGGACUCCAACAUCCAGCAUGCUGCUGUUGUCAACGAGGGGGGUCAGAGGGUCAUCACCAUAGUAACAGACCAACACGGCAACCUGCAGACCACCGGAGGGAUGGCCCAGCCGUUCUUUGUCACCAUGCAGCAUGGACAGCAGAUGCUGGCGGUACCGGCCAACACGGUGACAGAGGAGGUGGUGACGGAGGAGCCUCAGCCCCCUCCUUCCAGAAAGAGGAAACUGGAAGUGACCAACAACCACAGCGACACAGGAGAAACGGAGCUGCUGCAGAGGCAGCUGCAGGAGGCCAACAGGAAGGCCCAGGAGUAUCGUCAGCAGCUGCUGCGUAAAGAGCAGGAGGCCGAGGAGUAUCGCAUCAAACUGGAGGCCAUGGCCCAGAGUCAGGCCAACAGCACCAACGCAACCACCAUCAGCGCAGUCAACGCCGCCGCUGCAGCCGCCGGCAGCCCCGAAGAGGUGGUGGGAGGAGAUGAGGACGAGGAGGAGGCGGGGCCCGGAGUGGUGGAGGAGGAGGGUGAAAUGGUUGUUCUACAGGAGGGAGGCAUCAUCAUGGAGGGCGAGGAGGGCCAGGUGACGUUGGUGGAGACGGGAGGAGAGGCCACCGAGGUCAGCUCAUAACCCGGAGCAACACAGGCUGGACUCAAAUCUGCGCUGGUUUUCAACAUUUUAGAGACGAGAGACAAGCUGAAAACAGACGCUCACACUCGGUGGUGGAUGAAUAUGAACUGAAACCGACUCAGAACGGCUGAGGAUGACGAGAGGGCGAGGAGCAAGAAUGGGGCUGCAACUAACGAUUAUUUUAAUGGACAGUUGAUCCACCAACUAUUUUCUCAAUUAAUUGAUCUGUGGCAUUGUCUAAAAAACGGUGAAAAGUGUGGAUUAAGGAAUUUCUCAAAGGCCCUCUGUGGUUCAAAGCUGAGAUAUUUGGUUAAUGUCACAGAGGAGGAUAAACAUCACAAAAUGAUCGCCUCUUUUGACUGAUUAAACAAUUAUCACAAUAGUUGGCAAAUGAUUUAAUAGGUAGUACAACUAAUCGAUCAGUCAGUCGUUUCAAAACCCAAUAUAUUUAGUUAAUCUUCCUACAAGAGAAAAUAUCCUUAUUUAACAUCCUUCAGACACAAUAUUUCCAUUUUAUUUACAGUUUGUUUUUAUUUGAAGCUGUAACAUUUGAUUCAUAGAUUCAAACAAGCUGCAGUUUCAGUAUAAAUUUGAAAAUUUUCCAUUUUUCUCUGAACAAGGACUUUCCAAUCUUCAUUCUGGUAGAGCAGGAAGCAGCAGAAAAAAAUGACCUGAAAAUGUGUUGAAGGCGCUCGUCGGUGGCGGAUGAAUCCAUACUGUCCCGGAUGUAGAACAGCAGAGGAUGAAACAGACGAUCUCAUACCAAAAAGGCCGGCGCUGGGUCCGUCUGUCUGUUCAAAGUCGCUUUAACUUGCCUUUUGCUUCCCCGAAACGCAUCAUCAGUGAACGGAGGCAGCUGAUUGGCUCCUCACAUUUGUAUAUCAGUUAACUCCACCCACACGUCCGUCUCACAGCUUCACAACCUCCAUUUUUUUGAUUAGUUUGAUUAUCGACUGAUAACCAGCUACGUCUGAGACCUAAAAGAAUGAAGAAGAGAGACUCCAACAGGCUGCACCGUUUGUUUUGUGGACACUACAAUCAGAAAGAUUUUUUUUUUUUUUUUUUUUUUUUUACAUGUUGAAAACUGAUCAAACUGAUUAAAAAGCGGAUUCUGAAUGCAGGUUUCUGGUUUGCACAGCGAAGGGAAUCAACACUUGACAUCACUGAUGAAAGAGGAAAACUGAACCUGACUCAUCACAGAGACUCUGAAUUAUGACGAUUAAUUCUGUUCUCAUUGAUUAGUCUGAAUUAUUUCCUAAAUUACUCCUUUAGUCUGUAAAGAGACAAAAUCAUAAAAUAGAACGGAUUACAUUGAAAUUCCUACAAGAGAACAAGUAAUGGGGCUAGACCAAAAAUGUUCUCAAGAUAAACACAUUUUCAGUCAAUGUCUAAUUACCACAAUAAAUAUCAAAUCAUUGUUUUUUUCCAGUGCAGUGGCUGUUUUGUAAAGAAUAACUGAAUAAUAGUUUUCAUGACUAUAUUGUGAUAAAUCCUUUAUUAUCACACAGCCUUAAGUAAUAUCAGCAGUGACCAUCAAAUGAUUUACGUGAACAGGCUUCAGCUUCAAAUAUGAGAGUAAAUGUCUUACUUGGACUUUCUUUAAUAGAAUAAUUACUUGUCAUACAUUAGUCUCAAAGAACAGCAGUUAAAACUGAUACAUUACAAAGAAAAAAGUAGUAAAAUCUAUUAAUUGGUUGUAAAAUCAGUCAACUGGAGAAAAACUGUGAUUUUACACAUUUUUACUUGUUAAAAAAAAACAACCUUAAAAUGCACGUUUGAUCUCUAAUGUCUUACCAGUUGAACGUUGAAUAUUAUGUGAGUUUUCAUGAGUUUAUAGACUGAAGGAAGGAGUAAUCAGCAGCUUAAUCAAUUAUGAACAUAACGAGCCAGAAUCAUUGUCAUGUCUUAAUGUCUCAAGUACAGGAACUAAUCAAUAAUCUGUCAUGGAACUGUGUAUUAAUCGUAAAUCUGUUUUUGCUUUUUUCUCUCAUCCUGCAGGUUUUUAAUGCUUAGUUUUCAGAUUCCAGAUAAUUUACAUAUUGAUAUCUGUUUUAUUCUUUAACUGGCUUAUGUUGUGAUGUGUUCAAGGACUCUGCGACAUUAUAAACCUGCUUGAAGACUAAACUGACCCGUGUUAAAAGGUUCAUGUUUGGUUUCACAUUUUAAAGUGGAGAAUUAGCCCCAAAAUUCUACCACUAAAAAGAUUU